CUCUCUGUUUUCGGAGAAGUUCCAAGACGUGCAGAGCACCCAAAUAUCUAGGAAAUUUGCCCAUAGAUAAAAACAGAGCACGAGAAAGAAUCCCUCAAGAAUCCACGUCUCUCUUCCUUUCCUCCAUCACCAAUUUCUGGUUACUCCGACUCAUCUGUUGAGGCAAUGUACCCGUAUCUAUAGGGACAUGCGUAUGGGUGCGGGUGUGGCUGGACAGUUUCACUGUUUCGAGCUCGCACUCACAGAUGUAAACGGGAAAAGAACAAGGUAAGUAGUUGUCAUGGGUUGCGUUAUUUCAAAGAAGUCUGGGCAUACACCUGGAUAUGAAGAGCCUAACGUUCUUGCUGCUGCAACACCUUUUACUGCAAGCGAAGUCGAGGCCUUAUACGUGCUCUUCAAGAAAUUAAGUAGUUCAAUUAUCGCUGAUGGGCUUAUUCACAAGGAAGAGUUUCAGCUUGCUCUUUUCCGGAACAGAAAUCGGAGGAAUCUUUUUGCCGACAGGAUAUUUGAUUUGUUCGAUAUGAAAGGGAAUGGGGUCAUUGAGUUUGGGGAAUUCGUAAGAUCGCUUGGCAUCUUUCACCCGAAUGCACCAUUAGAAGACAAGAUUGCAUUUGCUUUCAGGUUGUACGACUUGAGGCACACCGGAUUUAUCGAGCGAGAAGAGUUGAAGGAAAUGGUAUUAGCACUUCUUCACGAAUCGGAUUUGGUACUCACGGAGGAUGUCGUGGAAACCAUUGUGGAUAAGGCAUUUAGUGAAGUCGAUACAAAAGAUGACGGACGGAUUGAUCAGGAAGAGUGGAAGGACUUUGUGUUGAAGAAUCCUUCUCUGAUAAGAAAUAUGACUCUUCCAUAUCUAAAGGAUAUAACAUCGGCAUUUCCCAGUUUCAUAGUGAGUUCUGUGUAUGAAGAUUCAGAAGUAUGACUCUGUUCCAUCAUGAAGGCGUCGAGGACAUGUCGGAUCGAUGUCAUAUGGAACUAGAUGAUGCUCUGAAUACCUGCCUAGUACAAGCUGUCGUUGGAGCGAGGUAAAAUCUGAAAGCAGGAAGGAGAAUAAGAUGCAGCACCGCCAUUUUAUCGACAGAGCGGCGUGGAGACAAUGGAUAUGUUAUGGAUUGAUGGAGCAUUCAAAGCCUCUCGUGUCUUUCAAUUUUUUAGUUCAGAAAGAUUUGAGUGGAUGCAUGGAAGAGAGGCGUAUUUGCAAUGUAUAUGGUUAACUUUUAUUACGGAAAAUAACCGCGCAAAAUCAUUGUUGUCUAGCAGCCCUUGUUAGCGUACACUCGAUUGGGUUUUACUUGUUCUUCAAUUUAAUUUAAAUCUAUAGCCCUGUACGUAA